UCAGCUGUACUUAUUUACUUUUAUUCACUGAUAAAAAUUACUUUUACAUCGAAGUUUCGUAUAUAAUUUUGUGUUGAAAAGUAUUAACAUACGCUUAGAAUGGAACUCGACCCGGAUAUUGUGAAAGAAUUUGAGAAUCUUGAAGUAUCCACAGAGAAGCCAAGUGAAGAGGAGUUGUGCUCGUUCGACGAAGAGGCGCCGCUCAAAGCAACGCCACAAUUGCAACAUCACACUUAUUCAACGAUACCGAAAUUUUUCCAUGCGCCACCGCCAGCGCACAACGCGUUGCGACAAAAUCUGCGCAAAGAAGCGCACUCGCUUUUUCUACAAAAACGUUCACAAGAAUUGCUGGAUAAUGACGAACUGGGCGCUUUGUGGACGCUGUUGGAGAAACAUUGCACACAAGUAACGCCGCUGGGGCAACAACUUAUCGACUACGAUGAUUACUUAAAGCUGCUAGAAGCUGUGAGUGCAAAAUGUAAAAAAUAUGUAACUGCGCGUCUCUACGCCAAACUGCUGUGCCACUCUAUGUAUCCAGCGAAUUUUGCAGGCAAAGUAGAGAUCGCAUCUAUCUUCAAUUACACAAUGCGCAAAGUGUGGCUGACGCAGGGGCGUAUCGGUUUGUCGUUUUACGAUGAAAUUGGCCAAGGCUAUCUGCGCGAAAUCGACAUGGAAAACUAUAUCAUCGACAUCAUACCGACGCUAGCGCAGAUAAGCAGUUGCGUGCAACCUUCCUUUCAAAGUUUCUACGUAUGCACGGUGGUGAAAAAGUUUUUCUUCUUCCUGGAUCCCUUACAUACGGGUCGCAUACGCAUACGUGACAUACUGGCAUCGGGUCUGUUGACCGAGCUGCUGGAGUUGCGCGAUGAGGAAGCGCCUAAAGAGACACAAGAACUCAAUUGGUUCUCCAUGCCUUCGGUGCUCACUGUGUAUGGCAAUUAUCUAAAUUUAGAUAAAGAUCAUAAUGGCAUGCUGAGUAAGCAAGAAUUGGCCGGCUAUGGCACGGGCACAUUGACUUCGGUUUUCCUUGAUCGCGUGUUCGAUGAGUGUCGCACUUUUGAUGGCGAAAUGGACUACAAAACAUUUUUAGAUUUCGUUUUGGCGCUAGAUAACCGACACGAGCCCCAGUCGCUGCACUAUCUCUUUCGUAUACUGGACGUGCAGCAUAAGGGCUACCUAACGGCACAGACAUUGCACUACUUCUUCAAAGGUAUACAAGAGCAAAUAAGUGCCGUCAAUGCGGAGGCAGUGAAUUUUGAAGACUUAAAAGACGAGAUUUUCGACAUGGUCAAGUCGAAGGAUCCAUUCAAAAUCACACUGCAGGAUUUAAUCAAUUGUGGACAAGCAGAAACUGUUGUCUCCAUCUUAAUAGAAUUUCACAAAUUCUGGGCGUACGAGAAUCGUGAGGAUGGCUCACAUAAUGUUUAAUUUUGCACACGAAAAUUAAAUUGAACGAUAGAAAUUGUAGCCAAGUUAAAGACAGCAGCAUCGAAAGGUGUGCAGGUGUACCGACUGGACUAAGAAACUGUAAACGUUUAACAGCGCUGCCAUUUUUAUGCUAUUAUGUCAUAAGUACCUAAAAGGGUGAAGAUUGUUCAAAAUGCGACGUUUAAAUUUAAGUGCUUUUGUUUACGUUCACACUAACAACAACAAACAUUCCAGCUUAGCGAUACGGCAUAAUUAUGUGCACGAGUAUUUAUAAGUACAGAAGUACGGCUUGUUGAUAUUGCAGAUGCGAUGACGACUGCGUCACAUCUGCUCUGGGCAUAACUAGGCAGACUAGGUAAGGAGAGAAUCAUAAGAAAUAAUAAUAAAAUUAGAUUUUAAAGAUAAUGUUGGGCAUUGCCUUUGUGCUAUACAAACAGCUGUAAUCAUUUUUUUUUUUCCUUCUUAGAUUUAUUAUUUCCACUUAAGCGCAUUUGAAAAAGUUGAAAUAAUUAUUGUGUUUUUUUUCGAUUUUCUAAUUACAAAGACAACUUGUAAUUAAUGUUUAAAUUAGUUUACGUAUACGGCAUAUAUACAUAUAUACAUAAUGUACUUAAUAAUAAAACAGUGCGAGGCUGAUAUGCGUACAUUUAUAAUGAUAUCACAGGCCUGUUUACAUAAGUUAUGGUACGUUAAGAAUAAUUAUAGGCGUCUAAAACAUAAGUAUUAAACUGUUAGUGCAAAUUUUGAAAUAAUUGUAAUUAAAUUCUAAACUCGUAUUAAAUUUAAAGUAAAAAGGCCGU